UGCCCAUUCCCCAAGUUCACUCGUCUCCUGAUACACAUCUGAGAGCCUUCAGCAGACACUCACAGUGUGGUCUACUUACCUGACCUAUAAACUCAGCCUCCACUGCAAACUUACGCUUGUCUGGUCGCUUCUCGUCUGCUACUUCCCCUCCAACGUACACCUGUUGCAAUUGCCAGCAAUGUCAAAUAUUGGGGGUGUGGCUUGCCAGACCUUCCUGGUUUUGGUUAGCACAGGUUGCAUGUCCUGGAACAGGUCUGAAUCAGUUGGGACGACAGUCACACUGAAUGGCUCCAUAGUGUUCCAAGACUCCUCCCACUCCAUCUCCUGCCCAGUGGCUGGUGAUGUACCCACCUAACACCACACACCUUUUUACACAAUACCCACAUGUUACAGGUCAAACCUCACAUUUCCAGUCAUGGAUUGUUUUGAGUUGGCGCCAGGCGAAACCUGCUGGCGUCUGAGCAACAGACUAGCGACUGUUUUGCAGAGGCUCACAAUGCUCACCCAGAGCCACACAAUGGCGCUGCAUACCUUUCUUCCUACCAUGUUGGCUUAUCUCUUAGCGCACCCGCCGUAGCGCGCGCAUUUCGCGCGAAAACCGCACGCGCACGUGUGUACAAAAAGGGCCAGCAUAGCACAAGAGAUAAGCAGGGAAGAUGAGGUUUGCAGUUUGUCUGCUGGUUGCUGCAGUGAUUAGACUCACUGUGGCCGACCCACCCGUCUCGCUGGACAAAGAUAGCUUUACUGAAACAGUUGGUGCGGGAAACCCAGUCUUCGUAAAGUUCUUUGCUCCAUGGUGCGGUCACUGCAAGCGGCUGGCUCCCACUUGGGAUGAAUUGGCGGAGAAGUUCUCUGGAACAGGCAUCGUUACUAUAGCUAAGGUGGACUGCACGGAAGAAACGUCCCUGUGCGCCGACCAUGGCGUCCGUGGCUACCCCACACUGAAGCUGUUCCGAGAAGUGGACAAUGUGACUCCAUACCAAGGAGCCAGAGAUCUGGAGAGUCUGUUCCAGUUUGUCAUGGAGACGGUGGCCGGAGCUGCCCAGCAACAGGAGACUGAGAGCAAGUCGGAGGAGGAGGAGCCAGAGCCCAAGGCAGCUGCGGAUGUGGAGAGAGACGAACACGGGCUUCUCCACCUCACUGAUGCCAAUUUCAAUGAUGUCAUCAACAACAAGGAGGGAGUCCUGUUUGUCAAGUUCUAUGCUCCAUGGUGUGGACACUGCAAGCGACUGGCACCAGUGUGGGAGCAACUCGGAGAACAUUACCGUGACAACGACCAUGUGGAGAUUGUCAAAGUUGACUGCACCGUAGAGAAGAAGACGUGUCAGCGCUACGAGGUGCGAGGAUACCCAACUCUCAUUUUCAUUGCUGACAGCAUAGUGCUGGAGAAAUACAGUGGCAGCAGGACAUUUGAUGAUCUUGUCCAAUUUGUGGAGGACAACCGCAUUGACAAUUAGCCACCAUUGUCAUGGUUGUUGGCAUUGUCAUAGUGGAAUGUUGUAAUCACUAGGUUAAAAACUCUAUUUUUCACAAUUCACACACAAAAUCAAAAAAUUGAAGUAAUCACAAUUCAACAUCUUCAAUGGUAAUGGGCGAGGGUUCUUUUUCUUUACGAACAGUCUGUAAAUCGACUGGCGGCUCUUUAGUUAGUGUUGAUGAUGGUGGAUCGGCUUCAGGUGGGGGGGUACCCCUGUUGUCAUGGUAAAUAACGAGGGUACCAAGGAGCCUGUUCAACACAAAGGGGAGAAUGGUUACUAUGGUAACAAUAGGAGAUCACAGACCUCCUGAGGAGGGGGUUGGAGGGAGGGGAGAUGGUGUGUGGGAGGAGCCACCAAUUCAGACCAAUCGUAACCAGCAGAACUCCUGCCCACUACAGGAAGAUCAUCCUCAAGCAUGGGAUUAGUGUCUUUUGAUAAAACAUGGGGUUGGUGUCUUUUGACAAAGGAACUGGUGAUCAUACCCACAACUACACAGAUCGAGGAAAGAUGGCUGAUCACCUGUGAGAGAGUCAUGGCGAGACUUUCAGUUGAGAGCUGCCACCAGCUGGGGUCGGUUCGGAUGGUGUCAACAAUCCACCAGACAAUCAGCACAACUCCCUCCAACGGUGCUAUGAACCUGUCAGAGAUGAGAGAGACCUGCUUACAGCAGAACGGAGGACCAGAUAUAUCUCUCACAUGACAACCACCCACACCCAGGGAAGAGGCCAGUCACCCACACCAAACUGAAGGUAGAGCCUCCGACGGAAUUUAAUGAUGUUGUAGCGAAAAACGAGGAAGAUGAGGAAGCAGCCGCAGAGAAUGAGGGCAUACCUGUAGACAGUGGAGGAAGGUACGGACAGACAAUAUUAUAGUGCACCCCUUACCCCCACACAGCAUCUUGGUUGACAAGCACUGACAGGUCAAGAGCAGAGGCAGUUCCGAGGAGAAAAGAGCUCACUCCAAUCACAAUGGUGGCUGGUAUCCUGCGAACUGGUCAGCAGACAAGACUCAACCCCCAAUCAACCAGAGGCCUACCUCCAAAGUCAGUGAUGGUGUGGAUGGAGAGUUCAAGAAGAGAAAUGAGGGACGAGAGGCCAGCCAGAGAGAGGCAGAAGAAGAAGGCAAUGGCCAGAAAUCGACCUCCACUGCCGAUGUUGUCAAACAGAACUGGCAUCCUGUACGAGGGACACCAAUCAGGAAGUGGGCGGAGUAAUGGGUGUGGUUACCAGAUGAAUGUAAGUCCAGUGUUUGCCUCUCCGUUAGUCUUGAGAGUCUCGACGACCUCAGCCAGAGGCACGUUCUCCUGGUACUGGACACUGAAGACUGUGGCGAAGACCGUGAUUCCACAAAGCAAGCUGACAAUGUUGUUGAAGAAAGGAGUUAGCAUGCCCAGCCGAACUGCACCCUGUGUCCUCUUCAUGAACGUGGCGUACGUGAGAAACAGACC